AUGUUAUCGCUGAAUUUGGAAGAGUCAAAUGAAAGAUUUCAAGAGAUCGAUGAAAAUCGGGACAAUUAUGCAACCUGGGACGAAUAUGUAAACGAAGCAUUCGGGGGAAUCGAUCCGGAAGAUGAAAGUUUGGAUGUUGAAGACAAGCGUUUGUUGGAGGAAGACAGGAUGUAUUUCAAC